AUUAUGAGCCUCCUUCCUCAGUUAUUUCUUGUACUAAUCCAUAAUUUGUCUUCCCACUGGAUCACCAUCUCGAAAGCUCCACCCGACCCAUGUGACAACCUGCGGUUUCCAGCAGGUGUUGUCUGGACUGACUCGCAGCAUCAGUUCGGAGUUGCACAAUUAUGAAAAGGGUACUUUCCGCUGGAGUGGAGGCAGAUCACCUCAAAGUUAACCGGGCUUUCUCUCCAAGGCUAACCGAUAGCACCGCUGAUAGAUGGCUAAAAGCCACGGAACAGCUCUCCCAGAGUCUGACCGGUGAAAAGAAUGUCCCAGAAAUCCUGGAUAGAAAGCACUUUCACCAAGAGGGAAUGUGUGUACAUACUUCCAAUCUCAAAAGAUCCUCACAGGUGUCUCCCAGGAUGUCAGAUUUGCCAGCAGCUUGUGAGGUGCUGCUGUGGACGGCUGGUGAGGCAGCAUGCGGGCUUCACUGCCAGCCUGGCCAUGCAGUAUUCAGAGCUGAGGAUGGGUGAGGGUGGCAUGCCCGAGCUGGAGGAGUGGUCUGUGGAGAAGCACACGGAGGAGCGCCCCACUGACGCGUAUGGCAUUCUCAACUUCCAGGGUGGAUCCCAUUCUUACAGAGCAAAGUAUGUGCGCCUGUCCUACGACUCCAAACCCGAGUCCAUCCUCCAGCUCCUGCUCAAAGAGUGGCAAAUGGAGCUUCCAAAGUUAGUCAUCUCCGUCCACGGGGGCGUCCAGAACUUUGACCUCCACCCUCGGCUCAAGCAGGUGGUGGGAAAGGGGCUGGUCAAGGCAGCGGUCACCACGGGGGCCUGGAUCCUGACCGAUGGGGUGAACACAGGUGUGGCAAAGCACGUCGGCGAUGCCCUCAAAGAGCAUUCGUCUGGAUCAGUUCGGAAAAUCCGCACCAUAGGAAUUGCCCCCUGGGGAGUGAUCGAGAACAGAAAUGACCUCAUCGGUAGAGAUGUGGUCACGCCAUAUCAGACGCUGCUGAACCCCUUGAGCAAGCUGAACGUGCUCAACAGUCUGCACUCUCACUUCCUCCUGGUGGAUGAUGGGAUGGUGGGGAAGUAUGGUGCAGAGGCUAUACUCCGCCGCCACCUGGAGAAACACAUCAGCCAGCAGAGGAUCCAUGCCAGGAUCGGGCAGGGGGUGCCGGUGGUGGUGGUGGUCCUGGAGGGCGGGCCCAACGUGAUCCUCACGGUGCUGGAGUACCUGCAGGAGAGCCCCCCCGUGCCCGUGGUGGUGUGUGAGGGGACUGGACGGGCUGCCGACGUGCUGGCCUACGUGCACAAGCACACCGAGGACGGCGGAUUUCUUCCUGAUGGGGUUGAAAUGGACAUCAUUGGAACAAUCAAAAAAACCUUUAACUUCAGCCACAGUGAUGCCGUCCACCUCUUUCAAACCAUAAUGGAGUGCAUGAAGAAGAAGGAGCUGAUAACCGUCUACCACGUGGGAACAGAGGAUCCACAGGACAUCGAUGUGGCCAUACUAAGAGCACUUUUAAAAGGCACCAACACAUCAGCGUUUGACCAGCUUGUGCUCACACUGGCCUGGGAUCGUGUUGACAUCGCCAAGAACCACGUGUUUGUCUACGGGCAGCAGCUACUGGUGGGUUCCCUGGAGCAGGCUAUGUUGGAUGCGCUGGUGAUGGACAGGGUGGAGUUUGUGAAGCUGCUGAUUGAGAAUGGAGUCAGCAUGCAUCGCUUCCUCACCAUCAGCCGCUUGGAGGAGCUCUACAACACGAAACAGUCCUCAACUAAUCCCACUCUCUUCCACCUCGUAAGAGACGUCAAACAGGGUCACCUUCCUCCAAAUUACAAGAUCACCCUGAUAGACGUGGGCCUCGUCAUCGAGUACCUCAUGGGCGGGACCUACAGGUGCAACUACACCAGGAAGCGCUUCCGGAUCAUUUACAACAAUCUCUAUGGCAACAGCCGGAGGUCUGGGCGACACAUAACAAUUGGCGGAUCGCACCUGCACAAGAACCGCGAGUCGUUCUGCAUUCACGUCGACAAGAAGGAAAAGACCAGGCACAACCACUUCAUCAAAACCGCGCAACCGUACAAACCCAAGCCGGAGUCGUCCAGGCAACAGGCGAGGAAGAGGAGCAGGGAGGAGGUGGUGGAUAUCGACGACCCGGAGACGCAGCGCUUCCCGUACCCGUUUAACGAGCUGCUGGUGUGGGCAGUGCUCAUGAAGAGGCAGAAGAUGGCGCUGUUCUUCUGGCAGCACGGGGAAGAGUCCAUGGCCAAGGCCCUGGUGGCCUGCAGGCUCUCCCACUCCAUGGCCGACGAGGUCCAGAAGAGCGAUGUGGUGGACGGCACCUCUGAGGAGCUGAGGGAGUACUCCAACGAGUUUGGCACACUGGCGGUGGACCUGCUGGAGCAGUCAUUCCGGCAGGAUGAGACCAUGGCCAUGAAGCUGCUCACCUACGAGCUGAAGAGCUGGAGCAACUCCACCUGUCUGAAGCUGGCCGUGGCGUCCAGGCUGCGGCCCUUCGUUGCUCACACCUGUACGCAGAUGCUGCUGUCCGACAUGUGGAUGGGCCGCCUCAACAUGAGGAAGAACUCCUGGUACAAGGUAAUUCUCAGCAUCCUGGUUCCCCCUGCGAUCCUCCUCCUGGAGUAUAAGAGCAAAGCGGAGAUGGCCCACAUCCCCCAGUCGCAGGACGCCCACCUGAUGACACUGGAGGACGGCGAGCACCCCUUCCACCACCCCGCCGCCAACGAUCACAUCCAAAUGGAUGUUUUGAGGGAGGGGAGGCAGACUGACCACGCUGAGCAGAAAAGUGAGGGCACAUAUUCCCUCCGCAGCCGGAGAAUCCCCGUCACCCGCAGGUUCUACGCCUUCUACCAAGCGCCCAUCGUCAAGUUCUGGUUCAACACGCUGGCGUACCUGGGGUUUCUUAUGCUGUACUCGUAUGUGAUCCUGGUACGGAUGCCCCCCACGCCUUCCGCGCAGGAGUGUGUGGUCAUCCUCUACAUCUUCACUUCCGCCAUAGAGAAGACCCGGGAGAUGUGCAUGUCUGAAGCUGGUAAGAUAACUCAGAAGAUCAGAGUCUGGUUCAGUGAUUACUUUAACAUUUCAGACACUAUUGCAAUAGUUACUUUCUUUGUGGGAUUUGGACUGAGAUUUGGAACAGGCGACAUCUUCACGGCUGGGAGAAUCGUUUACUGCCUGAAUAUCAUAUUUUGGUUUGUGCGGCUUCUGGACAUUGUUGCGGUGAACCAAUAUGCUGGUCCCUACAUCAUGAUGAUUGGGAAAAUGGUGGCCAACAUGUUUUACAUCGUUGUAAUAAUGGCUGUGAUCCUGGUGAGCUACGGUGUGCCCCGGAAGGCCAUACUGUACCCCAACGAGGAGCCGUCCUGGACGCUGGCGAAGGACGUGGUCUUCCAGCCCUACUGGAUGAUGUACGGGGAGGUGUAUGCUUACGAGAUCGAUGGUAAGGGCGAUGACGAUGUGUGUGCAGGAAACAGUGAGGCGAAGGAGUUGUGUGGUCCAGCCGUUUGGCUGACCCCACUAUUGCAGGCUGUGUACCUCUUUGUUCAGUAUAUUCUCAUUGUGAAUCUACUCAUCGCUUUCUUCAACAACGUGUAUCUGCAAGUGAAAUCCAUCUCGAACCUGGUGUGGAAGUACCAGCGGUACCAUUUCAUCAUGGCGUACCACGAGAAGUCAGUCGUACCCCCACCUCUCGUCCUCCUCAGUCACCUGGUCUCCGUCUUCACCUGCAUCUGUAGAAAGAGGAAGAAGGGCGGCAUGACAUAUGGACCAAAGCUGUUUUUGACUGAGGAGGACAGAAAGAGGCUCCAUGACUUUGAGGAGCAGUGCUUGGAGACGUACUUCCGGGAAAAGGACGACCACUUUCACUCUGGGAGUGAGGAGAGGAUAAGGGUCACUUCUGACAGGGUGCAAAGCAUGCUCCUGCAACUGAAGGAAGUUGGCAAGCGGGUGAACUUCAUAAAGCGCUCCCUCACCACCCUGGACUCCCAGAUCGGGCACCUGCAGGACCUGUCUGUUCUGACGGUGGACACGCUGAAGGCCCUGUCUGCCCAGCGAGCUUCAGAAGCCAGCAAGGUCCACAACCAGAUCACCCGGGAGCUAAGCGUCUCCAAGAACCUGGGGCCCCGCCCUCUGGACACGCCUUCUCAGCCCCAGGGCCCCACCCUGCUCAAGCGCAGCACAGGGGCUGGCAUCGGCCCCCCGGUCCAGCAGGGUGAGGCCAGUGUGACUGACUCCAUCUUCUGGGGCGGGGCCUGGGAUGCAAACAGGAGCCGGGGGCCGGAGGCGGCUGGGGUGAGCCCUGAGGGGCGGAGCCUGGAGCCUGGGGUUUCCGACGCUGCCCUGUCUCCGCCCGAGCUCCGCCUCGGGGGCCGGCCCCUGGACGAGGGGGGCCCGCCGCCCCACGCAGAGGACUCCCAGAACACCACCACGCCCAGUAGCCUGCCCUGGGCUGCAAAGUUUUUUGUGGGCCCCCCUUCUUCUGUGGGGCAUCAUGGGGUCCUGCCCGAAAGCUUGAGUCUUGAGUUUGAGGCGUUUGUGGGGCAUAAAAACAUCGCAGAACGCUCGGGAUUUGGAGAAGACCUCACUGGGGGAAACAGGCCUCUCAACCCAUCACUGAGGGGAAAAGACCCGGGCUCCCCUAGUGGACUGAUGAGGACAGCGAGUUCCUACGCAGGUUUCACAGAGUUUGGCAGAAACCCCUCCUCCCUCUGUCCCAACUCAGCUCUCAGUGGUAGGGGGCGGGGUCGUGUGUCAGCCGAGGAUCUCCUUUAUCAGCAAGAGCAGAAAACAGGGCUGCUGGGCAAGUCAGCACAGCUCAGCAGUGUGACUCCAGGGGAAGAGCUCUUGAAUGUUUCCACAUCUCUGUACAUGUUCAGAAACACGCACCUCGGGGCCAGGAAAGACUCCAUCGGUUCUCCCUUCAAACCCUUAGAUACCAGCUUUCAGUAUUCAGCUGUGGAGCGCAAUAACCUGAUGAGACUGUCCCAGAGCAUCCCCUUCACCCCUGUACCUCCAAAAGGAGAACCUGUGACUCUGUACCGUCUGGAGGAGAGCUCUCCCAAUACCAUCAACAACAGCAUGUCCUCUUGGGCCCAGAGGGGGCUCUGCGCCAAGAUCGAAUUCCUCAGCAAGGAGGAAAUGGGCGGAGGCCUUCGGAGGGCGCUGAAGGUGCAGUGCACCUGGUGCGAAGACAACGUGCUCAAACCAGGACACCUGUACAUCGUCAAGUCCUUCUUGCCAGAGGUGGUCAAUACCUGGCAGAGCGUCUACAGAGAUGACACUGUUCUGCAGCUGUGUCUGAGGGAAAUUCAGCAGCAGAGAGCAGCUCAGAAACUGACCUUUGCCUUCAACCAAAUAAAGCCGAAGACUAUCGUUUACUCUCCCAGGUUCCUGGAAGUGUUCCUGUUGUACUGUCACUCAGCCAGUCAGUGGUUUGCCAUUGAGGAGUGCAUCAGCGGCGAGUUCAGGAAGUUUAACAACAACAACGGGGAUGAGAUAGUUCCCUGCAGCCUGCUGGAGGAGACUAUGCUGGCCUUCAGCCACUGGUCCUAUGAGUACACCAGGGGAGAACUGCUGGUGCUCGAUCUGCAAGGUGUCGGGGAGAUUUUGACGGAUCCAUCUGUAAUUACAAGAGGCGAAAACGAGUCAUAUGAGAUGAUAUUCGGGCCAGCAAACUUGGGGGACGACGCCAUCCGGAACUUCAGAGAGAAACAUCACUGUAACUCCUGCUGCCGCAAGCUGCACCUCCCCGAUCUAAAGAGAAACGAGUACACCCCUGAUAAAGUCACCCUGCCCCCUGACGACACCCCAGGCGAGGGUUCUGUCCAAUCGCAGAGUGCCACCAAAGAAGAGAGAUCCCCGAUACGACUGAUGCCGUGAGAGAGGACAGGAAGUAUGUGACAGAAGUCAAAGGAAGUUUACCUUUGUUCCCAUCAAGGCAAAUGAAUUGGGAGUCUCAGGUGGAUUUAUGGCUUUCAAUAGUGUUUUAAAACAAUGGCAGUAGCAUAUGUGGCUCCAUGAAAUGGAAGGCAGUCCCUCCCAUGUUGGAUCAAAAGGACACAGGCUAACAGGGCAUUUGGCUACUAAAGGCAUCCAGCUCAUCCUGGUGUCUAAUAAUGAAGAUAUGAAAUGGCACAAUCACAAAAAACGAUGAAAAAAUCCACUUACUUUUAAGAUCUUAUUUUAUUUUAUGAAAUACAAACACAACAAAAUAAGUAUGGAUCAUUUGAUGGCAAUAUGUACAUACGUGUUCUUAUGGAAAUGGAAAUUGAAUAUACGGAAAAUAUUUUGAAAUGUAUAUACAAUAUAUGAGCAAAUGUGAAAUUACUGCCUGCUUUCAGAUGCUUUCGAUGCAGUAUUUUACCAAUACUCUGCUAUGAAGUAUUCAAAAAUAGCCCACACAUUUACAUUACUGCAGUGUAUUUCAUUUUCAAACAAAGUGUAUAGGGUUAUAUGAAUAUAUUCCAACAUACCAGCCUAAUGUCUUUGGACAGAGAGGUGCUGCAGUACUUAUUAUUAACAUGCAAGAUGACGUUAGUAUGUACUAGGUGUAAGUUUUUGUGAUGGCACAUAUGCAGUGUUCAAAGUGAAAGUCAAAGAAUUUAUCAGGAGGAUAUUAUAUUGCAACGGUAUGUGUGUAUUUUAUAUGUUUAUCAUUUGUGGAGGGUCUUCAUGAAUAUAUGUGGGCUGGAAAAUAUGGGGCAACUUUUAUAGCACAAUGUGUGAUUUGCAGACAUAUGUACUGUAAUGUAGCUGUAUGAUAGUGAUGACCAAAAAUUAUCAAUAUAAAUUUGUUACAUAGGUUCAGGCAUUUUUUCAUACAAGUAAAAUGUGAGAAAUUAUAUUUAGUGUAUCUUAUAGAUACAGAAAUGUGGUGCAAACGGAAUAGAUAUUUCACGCAGUCCAAAUUAAACAUGCUAAGGGUAUGACACUGCAAUUUUUCACUGUGUACCUUUAUAUAAUAAAGUCUGAAAUGCAUACAUUC